CCAACCCCUUAACAUACAACUACCGGUUACCCCGUCGUCCUUAUCUUACACCAACUCGGCCAUUCAUGCUCUUUCUCGUGUCAAAUCCUAUUAAAAAGGCUUAUAAAUAAAACCCAACACAAGCCUUUUUCAUCAUAAAUUUCCUUCUUAUUUUUGGUGUUAAAUUCACAAAGAAACAGCAAAAAGAAAAGAAAAAUACUAAUGGGGAACAGUCUUGGAGGAAAAAAGACAGCAAAAGUGAUGAAAAUCGAUGGACAAACAAUGAAAUACAACACACCAAUUUAUGCCAACGAGGUACUAAAAAAUUAUCCACCUUUAGUCUUAUUAGAAUCUGAAGAAGUAAAGCAUUUUGGGAUUAGAGCAAAGCCAUUGGAGCCACAACAAGAGUUAAAGCCCAAAAGGCUUUAUUUUCUGGUAGAAUUACCCAAAUUCCCGGAAGAGAAUAAUAAAAACACGAGGAGGGUCCGGUCGGGUAUCCAAAUGAGUGCGAAAGAUAGGCUCGAGACACUAAUGCUAGCACGGAGAUCCGUGUCUGACUUGUCAAUCAUGAAGCCUGCCAGUAUUAUGACUGAAGAGUGUUCAUCUUAUCAUAAUAAUAGCUCUGCUUCAGCCCCACUUAACAGUGGUGGGCCUCAGGCCCACCCCAUGAGGCUGAAGUUGAGGCUACCAAAAGCGGAGGUGGAGAAGUUGAUGAUGCAAAGCAAAGAUGGGAGUGAUGUUGGUGAGAAAAUUAUGAGACUUUGCAUGAACAACAACGGUGGAAGUGGUUUGUUGAUGGAAGAAGAAAGUCCUAAAAAUGGAGGAAUAAUUAAGAAAGGACUCAAAUCACGAGAGAAACGUGUAGGAUUCUUACCUACAACAGAAGGGGAGAUUCAAUUAGCUGUGGCUGCUUCUUAAGAAAAAUGGGAAUUGGAAAUUUAAAAAAAAUAAAUUCUAUAGCUUUUGUAUAGUGUACAAGUGCUCUCCUAAUUCAGUGGCUAACUUCUCUGCUACUUAUUAGUACUACUAAUCAUGUAUUAGUCAUUUUAUAAACCACGAUUAUGAAGCUUUGAAUGA